UUAAUUACACAACACCGUCCACGUUCUGCUAUUACGUCCCCUCUCGCUCUCGGUCGCUAUCCGCUGUUGUUUUCCUACCUCGGCUAUGCACUUGGUGUCAACGACUCCUCCUCCGCCGUCGGCCCGCAACCUGGUGCCGUGCUCGGCCGCCCACUGACGCCGAGACAGGAUGGUGCGCAUCGCCAGCGCCCUGGGGCUCGUCAUGUUCAGCGUGGCGCUGCUCAUCUUGUCCCUCAUCAGCUACGUGUCCAUAAAGAAGGACUUCCUCCUCGGAACCCCCAGAUAUGGACCGAACGGCGGACCGAGGAUGUACAUGUUCCAUACGGGGUAUCGCGAAAGGCCACCUCGCAAACCUGACCUCAGCUCCCAGUUGGCACUGAAGUAUCUGGAUCCAGUUUUCAUGCCAUUGACCAAUGCUCUUAGUGAGGACCUGAAGAAUUCCUCUAAAUGGAGGUACAACAGCACAGCUUUUAUCCAACAGAGGAAGGAAAUCUCUCAGCACAUCGACAUUCCUCACAACUUCACAUUAACGCGCAGCUUAGUCCGCAUUGGCCAGCUGAUGCAUUACGCAUAUUCCAGCCACAAGUACGUCUACUCCAUCGGCGAGAACUUCCGCUCACUCCUCCCCGAGGUCUCGCCGAUUCUUAACAAGCACUACAAUGUCUGCGCCGUUGUCGGCAACAGUGGCAUCCUCACCGGCUCACGUUGUGGUGAUCAGAUUGAGAAGUUUGACUUUGUCUUCCGCUGCAACUUUGCACCGACAGAGAUCUUUAAAAGAGAUGUUGGCCGCCGCACAAACAUGACAACCUUUAACCCGAGUAUCUUAGAGAAAUACUAUAACAACCUAUUGACGGUGCAGGACAGGAAUAACUUCUUCCUGAGUUUAAAGAAGCUGGAUGGUGCAAUUCUUUGGAUUCCAGCAUUCUUCUUCCACACUUCAGCUACAGUGACCAGGACACUGGUGGACUUCUUUGUGGAACAUCGCGGUCAGCUGAAGGUCCAGCUGGCCUGGCCUGGAAACAUCAUGCAGUACAUAAACAACUACUGGAAAACCAAACAGCUGUCACCAAAGCGUCUGAGCACUGGCAUCCUGAUGUACACCCUGGCGUCUUCGAUGUGUGACCAGAUCCACCUGUACGGCUUCUGGCCAUUCGGCUGGGACCCCAACACAGGGAAGGAGCUGCCUUAUCACUAUUACGACAAGAAGGGCACCAAGUUCACUACCAAAUGGCAGGAGGCCCAUCAGUUGCCUGCUGAGUUCAAACUCCUCUACAAGAUGCACACAGAGGGACUGCUGAAGCUCAGCCUCUCCCACUGCGCUUAGAUAUGAAACUGCAGGAGGUAGUUCAAUUGUCUCAGCAGAGCUUCCACAGGCCAGAGUCACAAAAAGGACCAGCCAGACGAGGACUGACAAAUGUGGUUUUCACAACAGCACGAUCUUGGCAAGUAGGUGCAAUGGACUCAAGAUUACAGAGUCUAUCACUAUCAAGCUGUGUUGGCCCUGCACCGAAGCUGUAGAAACAAGGACUCUGUUCAUUUUUUUUUUUUUUUUUUUGUCAGUCAACACACUCAAGGACUGCUGCUCUAGGUCAUGCUGCACUGUUCAGCAAAACAUCACAAGUGCGUUCCUUAAGGGUGUCAUUAUUAAUGUUUGCAACGUACAAACUAAGGCUACUUGAAUUAUUCGUCUUUCCACAAAAACACAAAACAUGCAUAUUCUUUAGUCAAAACAUUUAUAGUCACACCUGGACCGUACAUAUCAUAUACUUGUGCGAUUACCUCCACCAAGCACAAAAGCUUGUGGAAAGAGGUACUUUAUGUGAUCACACUUUCUUGUUGGUUUGAUUGUAAGUUUGGGGAAAAUAACUGCAAAACUUACUUCUACUAACUCUGUAGAAGGUUGAUGCGUGGGCCAAGGGCAAGACCAUUAUUUUUUGGCAAGGAUGUGGCCACAGGAAUUAUCUGAAAGUAACUUGUUGUCCAUUGAAUCAUCCACCCCUCAGAAUCAUCCUCCGUGAACUAUGACGGAGCCUGCUCACCAACAAACACACGGACACACAAACAGUGAUAGGGCUUUUCAUGAUUUUUUUUUUUUUCAUUUGUUAACAGUUAGGUCUCUGCUCUCCCAUGUGUCAUUUUAGUUAUUAAUGCAGUGCCUGAAUGCCUCGAAGGGGAAGGGGACGACCGGGUGGUACCUCGUACAAUAAACCAGGGUCUUUGUAGGUAUGUUGCACAACAUGAGGAAACGUCUAUGGCAUCUGUUUUCUUAAAAUAUCAAAAAGUGUUGUCAAAGUACAGAAUUAUUUAAAAACUCAUCACAUCGGUGUGUGUGUUUGCGUGUGUGUGCGCAAAUAUUAUGAAAACGUUGUAGACAACCUGUCAAGAACAGUGGCCAUAAAGGCAACUGCACUGCAAUGUUUUCCCAUCAGAAAUUCAAGAUAUCUUUGGGAAGCCCUCAAUCACAACAUAGUAGAAUGCAAUUUUCUCUCACACCAAAACUGUGUCUUUAGUUGGGGUUAUGGUAUAGGAUCCAUCCAUCCAUCCAUUUUCAACACCGCUUAUCCUGGUUAGGGUCGCGGGGCGCUGGAGCCUAUCCCAGCGGACUACACCCUGAACUGGUUCCCAGUCAGUCGCAGGGAACAUAUAGACACGGACAAAACAACCAACGAACACAAUCACUCCCAUUUGCAGUGUCCCUGAAUGCAACUCACGCACGCAGGCUGCUGCAACGUGCCUGCUGAAUGUAAACAUGAAUGGGGGAUGCCAAGUACGAAGUUCAUCCCUGACAUAUGAAGGCUCGUAUCUAGUGUGUCCAGAUGGGUUUUGCCCUGGAAGUCCCGAGCGAAACUUUACACUCUUGAAUGAAAAUCAACUUUCGUUUGAAAACCUUUCUUUGAUGCCAGAAUGAAGACACUCUCAAUGACAUUUAUCAUGCAGAAAUGAUCUAAAUUCCCUUCGCAAUCGCACAAAAUAUGAACUAGUUCGUGAACUUUUGUUCAUUGAACUCGUUCAGGUACAACACUGAAAUCCAGGAUGUCCCAAAAGUCAUGAUACACUACCAUUUUUCUAUUUCGUUUUAGGUAACCCUUCGGACAACCUUGAGGCCAUCAGCAUUUGAUAGAUUAGGCUUUGCAAUUUUUAGAAGCAUAUCAUUCCUUUGCCCAAGGCUCACCAAUUGACAUUGGGGCAACAUUGCAGUGUUUCUGUCCCUGACUGCAGUUCAUUGCCAGCUUUGGAAGCUUUCUGGCCAUCACACCGCUCCAACGUGUAGUACAAUUUACGUAAUGAAUUCAGGUUGCUCAAAGGCUUUAAGUGCAAGAUUAUGAUGCUCAAAAUCCCGAACGUCCGUACGUGUAAAGCUUUAUUGCUCGCCAAAGCAUUCGCUGAGUUGAGAUUUCGUUAAUGCUGAGUUUAAGUUUGGUCUUCCAGAUAGGCUGGCUUUGCGCAAAUGCCUGCUCUAUGGGAUUGGCCUUUUCAUUAAAGUGGUGGUAGCAGGCCUUCCACUGCAUGGUUUGGAGAAACCUGCCAUGGAUAGCGCAAAUUACCAUAAAGCUUCUCAAACUGGCGCUCAACUGCAGUCAAGGAUGGGAAAACUUUUGCGCCGAUGUCAAAUGGUGAGUCACGGGUAAGAGAAUGAUAUGCUUACAAAACCUGCAAAGCCUAAGCUGUCAAAUGCUGAUGGCCGCACGGCUGUCCACAUGAUACCUGAAACAAAAUAGAAAAAAAUGUAGUGUAUAGUAACUUUUGGGACAGCCUGUAUAUUUCGCAAAAUGACAAUUGGCAUAUAUUCUUCCAAGAACAGGCUAAAUAUACCGGUUUUAUUGAUUUAUUAAUGUCUCAUUAGACAUUCUUAGAAUUUAAGUGAUGUAAAUUAGCAUCAGAGUUUUGCUGGGAAUCACAGUUUAGGUGCAUGAACUAUUAAGUUGGACAGAACCAAAAGGGAUUAACAAUUUGAUUUUGUUUUGACAAGUUUACUUUGCGAAACAACGACUUCACUAGUGCAUUCCAUGUUUCUUUCUGGAAAACAGCACAGUUAAAAACACACCCAUCUCACUAGAAUUCCACAGGCAUGUAUGGCAUUUUAUUUUGUACAGGAUUUAUCAGAACUACUAAGUAUAUGUCAUAUAUAUUAAAUGUGCCAUCAUAGCUGGGCAGCAUAGCUGGUCCGAUAUUACCAGAAAUGGUCUGCUAGUACCUUUUGUUGGAAGAAGUCUUUUUUUUUUUUUUAAUUACUAUUUUUUUUGAUCCGUUGUUCUAUUUCAGAGCGAUGCACCUCCCUGGGCUUGCGUCUGAUACAAAGCUUCAAAUUACAGCGGUGCCUUGCGGUAUGAGCGACCUAACUUGUGACUUUUUCGAAAUAUGAGACGUCGUGGCGGCACAGUGGACGACUGGUUAGAGUGUCUGCCUCACAGUUAUGAGGACCGGGGUUCAAUCAGGUCCGGUCAACCCCCCCCCCCGCAUCCUAAAACAUGGAUGGUAGGUUGAUUGAAGACUCUAAAUUGAAACAACAAGCAGCAGUUUAGCAGGUAGUGCAGAAUUCUUCAAAAAAGAGGCUAUCUUAACAAUGCAAAUUGCUCACAAAAUGCAAAAUGCCCGAGACAGGCUAACAAAUAGAGUCUGUGUGGUUGUGUUAUAACUCUUUAAGCAUUAGAUAUUUGACUACAAACGGUGCAGCAACACAGGUAGACAGACAGCAUAAAGGUAUUCACGGGCACAUAUUCUUUUAUCCUCUGCACAAAACAAAAACGAUUACUCUAGCUUACUGAGUCACUUUGACAAAUUUUAAACCUCUUCUUGGUUUGUGUCUACAUGACUGUAUUAUACUGCCCUCAGUUGGCCAAGUUGCACAUAUCAGAAGGAGCCACUAUGAAAUAAUCAUGAUGCACAAACUGUUUACCUUUUUACAUUUUAUUUUAUAAUGUUAUUACUAUGUGUUUUUUUAUCUAUAGUACAAUAAUAUAGAGUGCUAUUUUCCUUCUUAAGAAGCACAUUUGUUUUGGGGGGGGGACUUGGAACAGAUGAAUGGAAUUCCCAAUCAUUUCAAAGGGGAAGAUGAUUUAAGAUACAUCAGAGUGUUUUGAGUUAUGAGCAUGGUCACAAAUUAAAUUUGUAUCUCAAGGAACCACUGUUCUUUAUUAAUAAAUCCCACACUGAUAAUAAAUAUACUUUCAGCUUUCACA